GGUAUUGGUCCAAGGGGAACAAUAAUGUAGAACUUCCUUUGAUCUUGGCUCUUUUCCUAAUAAAUUAAGGUAUUUUUAUUGGGAUCUAUAUCCAUUGGAGUUUUUGCCAUUAGAAGGCUAUUGUUUCGAGAACCUUGUUGUGCUAUGCAUGCAACACAGCAAUAUUAAAAAGCUUUGGGAUGGAGUGCAGGAUCUUGUGAAUUUAAAGAUGUUAGAUUUGAGGAGGUCCAGACAAUUGAUGGAGCUGCCUGAUUUCUCUAUGGCAUGCAAUCUUGAAGAAGUCAAUCUCGAGGGUUGUGAAAGUCUACAUAGUGUUCAUCCAUCUAUUUUAUCUCUCCAAUCUCUCGUUGGAUUGGAUGUCUCUGAUUGCAGGGAAUUAGAGAGCCUUGAAAGUGAGACUCAUUUAGAAUCUCUCUCUGAUCUUGGUGUUCAUAAUUGUCAAGCCUCAAGAAAUUCUCUUUAUCAUCAAAGAAAUUGGGAAGUUUGUGUUUCGAUGGGACUGGAGUUGAAAUAUUGCAUUUGCUACCAAUGGGAGGUUUCACGGAACUGAGAGAUCUUGAGAUUUUUGGUGAAAGAUUAAGGAGCCUUCCGAUAAGUGAGCUAUGUGGCUUGACAAAUCUUGAGGCAUUUGAAAUUUGGGAUUUCCAGCAGGUGAUUCACAAAACAGAGCUGAGCUCUCUUUUUGAUGCUUGGCGUAAUUUAAAAAUACUAAGUUUGGAAAGAUGCAGUUACUUGCUGGAAAUCCCUGACAAUAUCAAGGCCUUAAUAAGCUUAAAACACAUUUCCCUGAGAGACUGUGAGAUGCUUAAGUCUAUACUUGGACUUCCUCCCUUCCUUGAAGAUUUAGAUGCUGAAGGAUGCACUUCAUUGGAGAUCGUAUUGUCUGACUCUCUAGUUCAAAAUCAGUGUCGAUUUGAUUUCCAAGAGUGUAUAAAGUUGGAUGAGUGUUCUCUUCGCUUCAUUGAGAAACUAACUCAUUUCUCUUUCACUUCAGCCAAGGCUAAGUGGCUUCCUAAUGUUGGGGCUUGU